GGUAGAUUAACCAGACAUUAUUUACCGUUAGAUCGUCAAUAAACUUUAGUACUGGACAAACAAGUCUUCACGUUAGCAACUACAACAACAACAUGGCGUCGAACGGAGCGGCUGAGAAAUUUUACCUUGAAAAGGAACAGUUACAGGCUGAUUCUGAUGAUGAGUUUCAAUAUGAAGAAGUUCCAGUUGAUGAGGAAUUUAUUCCAGAUGAAAUUGAGAAUCUAGAUGUAACAGUGAGAACAAUAAGAGAAUCACAAGAGGAUUUAGAGGCAGGACUACGUAAAGAGAGUACAGCCAGACCAUCUGUUACUCAUGAGCCUGAGGUUGUUGAUGAUUUUGUCAGAAAUUUCCUGGUACGAAUGGGAAUGAAUAGAACAUUGGACUGUUUUCAAACAGAAUGGUAUGAAUUACAACAGAAAGGCUUGCUCCACGAGGAAGAUGUUGAUAUAGUUCCUGAUAUUUAUGCCAGAAAUCAGGAUCUGGAUAAUGAAAUUAAAUUUCUCAAGAAAGAAGUUGAUAAAUACAGAAUAGCUGCUAUUAAAGCUAAAGAAACGUAUGUUAAACUUCGCAAAGAACGAGACUAUCAUAGAAUGCAUCAUAAACGAGUUGUACAGGAGAAAAAUAAAUUUAUUGAUGACAUCAAAAGAUUAAAGCGACAUUAUCAACAAUAUGAACCUACUCUACAUCAGUUAAAGAGGAAGUAUGAAGUAGCCAUGAAAGAGAAAAUGUUGGCUAAAUUAGAACGAGAUAGAGCUGUAGGACAGGUUAAUGGUUUACAGAGCACCCUGAAGUCUAUGGAGAGUUUUAAAGGCACGUCAUCUACAUCCUUACAAGGAUCAAGGAAGGGAGAUAAUCAAGAUAAACUAGGACCGACUCAGAGAGCUCUAGCCAUAGAACGUGAGAAGAGAAUGGAAGAGGAUGUCGGACUUUUACCAGAAGAUUUUAAACGUUAUCCUAAUGAUUCUGAGUUCCCAAUUGAUACAGGUGUCAACCCCUAUCUGUCACAAUCUAAAGCCCCACCCAGUCACCUGACUAGAACAGGAGGGUUCCGAUUAUCACACACCAUACAGGCUCACAGUCACUCUGUUAGUGGUGUUGCUCUUCAUCCCCGUAAACAGAUUCUUGUAACCAGUAGUGAUGACAAUUCCUGGAAAAUGUGGGCAGUACCAAGUGGUGACAUCAUAAUGACAGGUGAAGGUCAUACAGACUGGGUGUCAAGCUGUGAUUUCCAUCCAAGUGGAGCUAAAUUAGCAACUACCAGUGGAGAUACAACAGUCAAAAUCUGGGAUUUCUCGAAAGGAGAAUGUGUCCAUACAUUUACUGAUCAUACUUUAGCAGUGUGGAAUUGUAGUUGGCAUUCAUGUGGAGAUUUUCUUGGUACUUGUUCUAUGGAUAAUACGUCUAAAAUUUGGGAUUUGAAUAGUUUACGAUGUCGAUUUACAUUACGAGGACAUACAGAUUCUGUUAACAGUAUACAAUUUGUACCUUUCUCUAAUACAUUGAUAACUUCAUCUGCUGAUAAAACACUGUCAUUGUGGGAUGCCAGGACUGGAUUGUGUACACAAACUUUCUACGGUCACAUGCAUUCUGUUAAUCAUGCCACUUUCAACCUCAGAUGUGAUACUCUAGCAUCCUGCGAUUCCUAUGGUAUAUUUAAGUUAUGGGAUGUUAGAAAUGGUUCAGAAAUGGUAUCAGUUGAUAUCGGUCCUCAUCCAGCCAAUCAUGUGGCAUUCGAUCCUUCAGGAAGUGUAUUGGGUAUAUCAAGUAAUGAUAGCACUAUUAAAAUGUAUGAAGUAGCUUCAGGACAAGUGACAGCUCUAUAUGGCCAUGAAGAUGCUGUCCAGUGUGCCCUGUUUGAUAAAUCUGGAGAAUUUAUGGUAUCUGGUGGCAGUGAUUGUACUGUUAGAAUUUGGUCAUAAUUUACGUCUACUUAGAACUUUACUAUCUUUGUUUUAUGUCUGCAUGUAUUUAUUAAGAAAUACCCAAUUCAAGUUGUCAGAGUUUGCUGUUACUUAACUGAAUGUAUUCUCUGAAUGUUACAAAUUAUAUUAAUGCUGGAUUGGUUUAGAAAUAUAAAACUCUUCCUGUAAACAAAGGAAUGGACAUCAAAAUGUAUUACUGAUGAGGUCAAACAGUCGCUGGUAUAAGUUUUGUCCAUUUUUGAUUGGUUUACAGUUCAGAUAUUUUGAUGAGAAGCUGUUUGUCAAUUAUAUAGAAAUGAUUUCAACUAGUUUUGAUUUGUCAUAUUCUUCUUGGCUACCAAAAUAUUGAAAUGCAUUAUACUUCAUCCAUGUUAUUAAUUGAUUAAUUUGUUUAUGAUCCUAUCUGUGAUAAUUAUUUGAUUAAAUUAUAAUUUAUACU